UCAUCCGUCGUAAAAUGCCGUGACAGAACCCUUUUGGGAGUCUAUACGAUUUCCAGCCGCCUUCCUUCUGUGGACUAUAGCUGUUUAUUGAUGCUAAUCUGUUUAUUCGCAUUCAUAAAUUCUUAUUACGCAAGAAAGAACUUCUUAUCUGCUUUCUGAAAUUUUUGAAAGAGAACAUUCUGGCCGACACAACCGUAUGAAAGGGCUCCAGAAGCUCGUCCUUUCCGUGGCUUCGCUUAUUGCUUGCAUUUCCAUGUUUUCCAGCCAUUAGGAUAGUUCCAGCGGAGAAACUAUCUGGUUCUCUGACUAUAAUAAUACUAACUAGAGACUCCACUGAACAAUCUGUGAUCUUCCGUUGGAAAUCGUAGUGAAUCUUUGAAAUGGCUGCCACACAGGCGAAAUCAGCCAAAGCUGACGAUAUGGGUGAUGACGCUUUAUAUCCCAUCGCUGUGCUGAUCGAUGAACUUAGGAACGAAGAUGUUCAGCUUCGCCUCAAUUCCAUCAAGAAAUUGUCGACCAUCGCUCUGGCUCUCGGUGCAGAGCGAACGCGUGGCGAAUUACUCCCUUUUUUAACAGAUACUAUUUAUGAUGAAGAUGAAGUGUUAUUGGCAUUGGCUGAACAACUUGGUAGUUUCACAUCCCUCGUUGGAGGUCCAGAAUUCGUGCAUUGUCUUUUGCCUCCUCUGGAAAGCCUGUCUACCGUUGAAGAAACCGUUGUACGCGAGAAGGCCGUGGAAUCUCUUCGUACCAUUGCCGACCAGCAUUCAGCGGAACAUUUGGAGCGCUACUUCGUCCCUAUGAUUAAACGAUUAUCUCAGGGCGAUUGGUUUACAUCACGAACCUCCGCUUGUGGAUUAUACGCGGUAGCUUAUCCGCGCCUCUCGACGGCGGUAAAGGCUGAUUUGAGGAAGCUCUUCACCGGCCUCUGCGCUGAUGAUACGCCCAUGGUCCGCCGUGCGGCAGCAGCUAAAUUAGGAGAAUUUGCCAAAGUCGUCGAGCAGGAGUUUCUCAAAGCUGAUUUAAUUCCAGAAUUUUUCCGUCUUGCACAGGACGAACAGGAUUCUGUUCGUUUGUUGGCGGUGGAAGCGUGUGCGUCAAUUGCCAGCCUUCUGCCUAAGGAUGAAAUUGAAAAGCGCUUGGUCCCUUCGCUAAAGGCAGCCGUGGAGGACCGUUCCUGGCGUGUGCGAUAUAUGGUAGCGGAUAAACUUGUGGAGCUGCAAAACGCUUUGGGACCUGAGUUGUCCAAAACCGAACUAGUUCCGGCUUACCAGAAUUUACUGCGCGAUGGAGAAGCUGAAGUGCGGACUGCUGCUGCAGGAAAACUAAAAGAGUUUUGCAAUAAUCUUCCCUCGGAAGGCCGUGAGCAGAUCAUUCUUUCCAACAUUAUUCCCUGUGUUAAGGAACUGGUAAAUGACUCCAGUCAGCACGUCAAGGCCGCAUUGGCCACCGUCAUUAUGGGAUUGGCACCGCUUCUGGGCAAUGAAAAAACGGUGGAGCAUCUGCUACCGCUCUUUCUGAUCAUGCUAAAGGACGAAGUGCCGGAAGUGCGGCUGAAUAUCAUUUCUAAUUUGGAAUCCGUUAAUAGUGUUAUUGGAGUUAAACAACUAUCACAGAGUCUGCUGCCGGCCAUUGUGGAGCUGGCGGAAGACGGCAAAUGGCGUGUCCGUUUGGCUAUUAUCGAAUAUAUGCCCCUGUUGGCUAGUCAGCUGGGUGUGGACUUUUUUGAUGAGAAACUAACUGCGUUGUGCUUAGCCUGGCUUGUUGAUCAAGUGCAUGCGAUACGUGAUGCUGCGACUAAGAAUCUGCGCCGUUUAGUGGAGAAAUUUGGACUGGACUGGGCUAAGCAAACGGUUAUCCCCAAAAUUACCGAAUUAUCCAAAGCGCAAAGCUAUUUGCAUCGACUCAUUUGUUUGCAAUGCAUUAGGAACCUUGCCGAUGUGGUUGGACGAGAAGCAUCCAUGAAGCUUUUGCUGCCGAUUUUGAUGAUUCUCGCCGUUGAUCCGGUACCUAAUGUCCGUUUCAAUGUGGCCAAGACUCUGCGGGAAGUGGCUCCUACUCUGGAUGAAGGUACUCGGACAAACCAAGUAAAACAAGCGCUGCAAAAACUGAAGGAAGAUAAGGAUGCGGAUGUACAGCACUUCGCCGACCAGGCUCUGCAUACGAUAUAUUAAGCUCGCUCUUUGUGAAUUUGGCCAAGGGAUUGUGGACGGCCGUUCUCUCGAUGGGCGCAAUCAUAUAGCGAUGGUGUCUAAGCUGAUACGGAACACACAAACACGGAUUAUUUACGUUUUUGAUGGGUUGUGUAUUUUGGGGGACGUAUAUACGCGUUUGCACUGUAGUCGAAAAAAGCGUCUAAUUUGAUACUGUUGAUCUUGUGCGCUGCGGCGGUCUGGGUUACAUUUUUGAGUUGUGGGAAUAAUCAUACAUUUAUUUUGAAUUUAAUUUUCAUCUGCAUGUCCAGACUGAACGUCUCGCGCACCAGACAGCGAGCGGAAGCCGGCGUCUGUGGUGUUUUUGUUUCGGUUAUCAUGUUAGUGUCUCAUGACCGACGCUAAAGGUGUAUACCAGCCCCAUUUAAUGCAGUCAUGUUUGUGGUUCUUUUGGAAACAAAUUGAAAAGUUUUUCUUUCGUUC